AUGUCUAACAUCGCAAAAUUCUUGGCGCUUGAUAAAGUUGCGACCUUUUUUAACAUUAUUAAACAAAAUGGUGGAAUACGUGGAUCCCUGUUUAAGCUGUAUAGGCAAGAUGAGCUUAAGGAUGGUGCACUUGUAGGUGAAGAUAAAUUUGGUAAUAAAUACUUUGAAAAUCCUCGGUAUUUUUACGGAAGAAAUCGCUGGGUAGAGUACUCAGACAAAUUUCACAUGAAUUAUGAUGGAAGUCAGGUUCCUGCCGAGUGGUACGGUUGGCUACAUUACAAGACGGAUCUGCCACCACAUUUGGACCCAAACAGACCCAAAUACAAAUGGAUGAAUGAUUGGAAUGAGAAUUUAUCUGGUACCACUGGGCAAUACACACCCUACAGCACAACUAGACUGAAAGUUGAAGCGUGGGAACCAAAGCCUAAGUCAACAGUCUAA